UUGUAUUUUUAGAAUAAAAACUCAAGGUUUCAUUUUUACCAUUUAAAAAUGAAGUUCGGGAAUGCAGUCGUGUUUCUAGGAAUGGUUUUAAUCUCGUUAACUCUGCUUUCUUGGACAAGUCUUCAACAGAAAAGAGUCUCGAGAUCUCUAACUGAAGACUAUUCACAAGAAUCUAAUAGCACAGUUCAUUUGUACAUAGUAACACCAACCUACACAAGACUAGAGCAGGAACCGGAACUAGUCAGACUGGGGCAAACACUUCAACAAACUUACAAGGAACGGCUCAAGAGGAUUAUGGAGAGAUUUCAACAUAUGUCUUUAGUUCUUCUUGCAGCUGAGAUGCCAGUGAUCUACAGACAAGCCCCUAAGGUGUUACCUAGAGGGGUAGCUGGUAGGAACAAGGCCCUGGACUGGGUACUCAACCAGUACCUGGUUACACUCUCCAGGAAGGAGGAGGGGGAGGAGGAGGAGGAGGGGGUUCAUGGGGUACUUUACUUUGCUGAUGAUGAUAAUACGUAUGAUCUUAGACUUUUUGAACAGAUACGGCAAACGAAAAGGUUGUCUUUAUUCCCAGUUGGUCUUGUAUCUAAAAAUGGGCUUUCAUCACCGAUUGUCAGAGAUGGAGUGAUAGUUGGUUUCUAUGAUGGUUGGUCUGGUGGAAGAGUAUUUAGAGUUGAUAUGGCAGGGUUUGCAGUUAAUUUAAAUACCCUGUAUCAGGCAUAUUCUCGGGUAGGAUCUGAACUCCGUAUGCCGUUUAAAGCAGGAUACGAGGAGGACGGCUUCCUUAAACUACUCGGAAUAAAACCUCAGAAGUUUGUUGACACGAAUAUACCUCUGCUUUUAAAAUCAAAUUAACUUUAUUCUACUCUUUUAUCUCUUCAUAUACAUUAUACAGUGAUACCCAAACAAAUGUGGUAAAUGAAGACGACAUUUGUUUAACCUUUAGUUUAUUUGUAUGUUAUUUUAAAUCAAAAAGUUUUACCAUGCAUUAGAAAUAAUUCUGUUUGUCAAAUGCGCAAUUAUUCAUUUUAUGCACCAUCAGAUUAUAUAAAUAAGUUUUGAUGAAAAAUGUCCAAUCAUGUAGAGAAUUAAGUUUUAAACCAUUUCUUUCAAAAUCAAAAGAAAUAAAAUUUGACAAUAACAAUAAGUUUUACUGCGGACAUGUUAAAUGAAAAUAAAAAUUUUGUCAGUUUUGGUGUUUGUAUCAAAAAGAAAUAAAACGGCUAAAUCAUGAAAGUUUUAAGGAUCGUCACUAAAUGUCAACUGUUAGGAUUUUAAAAAAUCCACCAAUUUAAGCAAAAUAUGCUGUAAUCAUUUUUGUUCAAUUUGAAUACCAUGAAAAAAUGGCUUUGCGAUAAGGAAUGAUAUAUAUAUAUAUCUAUACUUUGGAAAAAAAAUUAUAAUUUGUUCAGCCGCUAAAAUGGCACAUUUUCGUUAACAUUUUUCCACUUUUUAAAACUUUUCUAUUAGUUCAAUAGCUGAGAAAAUACAGUUUUUGCUUUUGACCGCUGGGUUUAAGAUUUUGAACUACUUUUUGCUUUAAACCACUGGAAUACAGUUUUUCUUUAACUACAUUGUCUUUCAACCGCUUUAAGAUUUUAAAUCACCUUUUUUGCUUUCAACCACUGGAAAACAGAAAGCAAAAUAGUUUUUUUAAAUCUUAAAACUGGCCAAAGAUUGAAAGCAAGAAGUUUUUUAAAAUCCUAAACCCAGCGGUUAAAACCAAAACCUGUAUUUUCUCAUCGGUUAAACUAAUAAAAAAGUAUUCAAAAAUGUUAACGAAAAAAGUACGAUUUUAGCGGCUGAACUUAUUUGAAGAAAGCUUGAAUUUUAGACUGCGUAGAGUCUAGGCUAGAUCUCAAACACUCGUUCAGCCGACCCAGCUGAGUUUUUUCUCCAAAGUAUAUCAUUCCUUGAAGAGCAAUAAUUAGUUUCUUCAACAAAGGAGCACGGAGUGUUCUGGAAGCUUAGUAAUUGAGCGUAAAUUACACAAAAAAACAAUUGUUACAUUUUUACUAGAUAGUUCGAUCGAAAAAAUUUGCCAAUUUAUAUACUCAUUAUUUUCAUAUUUAGAUGCACGCUCUUUUUUGCUUUUAUCUUUUGCAAAAAUUACAAUUAAACCCAAAUGAUUAAAUAUUUUAGUGAAUUUAAGCUUCAUUAUUUGUACUUUAUCUAUAAUCAAACUGUAAGAUACUAAGCAAAGUAAUAAAUUUAUUUAUUAAACCA